AUGUCUCCUUACUUUUCUCUCUCUUUCUUGUUAGAUAUAAAAUACACAUAAUAGUGUUUCCACAUAUGCAUAUAUAAAAAAUACAGUAGGAUAUAUAUGUUUAAAAGUUGGCUCUUCUCGUGAUCUGUGCACAGUCUACAUGAUACUAAUUCUUGGGUUUUGGUGGGUUUACUUCAAUCAUUGCUAUAUAUCCACCUAUCUUUGAAUCAUUCACUUUAUAAUUGGGAUCUACUAAAUUAAGAGAAGAGAGAGAUAGAGAGACAGAGACUCAUUUUGGAGUUUUGGGUAUUGAUUUUGAAAGUGAAAUUUUUUUGAAUGACAAAGUUAUGAGGAUUUUGCCAGGCUUUUGGAAGGAUUUGAGUGGUAGCAGCUCAAAAAGUGGCUUUGGUUUUGCUAUAAAAGAAGAUAAAGCUUCAUAGUAAUAUAAAGGAUUAAUUAAUAGACAGUGAGAUCAAAGCAUACUACAACAUAUGGCGGUGUUUUGACCAGAAUGGAUCCUCAGGCUUUCAUUAGGCUGUCAAUAGGGUCGCUGGGGUUGAGACUGUCUGGAACAACUACUUUGAACAGUACAAAAUCAGGGAUAAGUGCAAUCUCUUCUCCCUGUGUGUGCGAGAUCCGUCUUCGAGGUUUCCCUGUGCAGACAUCAUCUGUCCCCUAUAUUUCCUCACCUGAAGCUACCCCGGAUAUUCACAACGUUGCAUCCAGCUUUUAUCUUGAAGAAUCUGAUUUGAAAGCUUUACUGACACCUGGCUGUUUUUAUGCGCCACAUGCAUGUCUAGAGAUAGUUGUAUUCACAGGACGCAAAGGUGGCCACUGUGGUGUUGGUAUUAAGAGGCAGCAAGUUGGGACAUUUAAGUUGGAAGUAGGUCCCGAGUGGGGUGAAGGAAAACCAGCCAUUCUGUUUAAUGGCUGGAUAGGAAUUGGCAAGAACAAGCUGGAGACUGGAAAACCUGGAGCAGAGCUUCAUUUGAGAGUGAAGCUGGACCCUGAUCCAAGAUAUGUUUUCCAGUUUGAAGAUAAGACGAAACUAAGUCCUCAAAUAGUCCAGCUUCAGGGAACCAUCAAGCAACCUAUUUUCAGUUGCGAGUUUAGUCAGGACAGGGUAUCUCCGGUAGAUCCAUUAAAUAAUUUUUGGUCAAGUUCAUUUGACGGUUCUGAACUAGAGGUAGAAAAAAGAGAGAGGAAGGGAUGGAAGGUGAAGAUACACGAUCUCUCUGGGUCGGCUGUUGCAGCAGCCUUCAUAACAACUCCGUUUGUGCCAUCAACAGGUUGUGAUUGGGUGGCCAAAUCCAACCCAGGAGCUUGGUUGAUUGUUCGUCCUGAUAUUUGCAGGCCCGAAAGUUGGCAGCCAUGGGGAAAGCUUGAAGCAUGGCGUGAACGUGGGAUCAGAGAUUCCAUUUACUGUCGCUUCCAUCUUCUAUCGGAGGGGCAGGAAUGUGGUGGUGAUCUUCUCAUGUCUGAGAUCUUGAUCAGUGCAGAGAAGGGUGGUGAGUUCUACAUUGACACGGACAGACAGGUACAAGCAGCAGUGAGUCCACUGCCCAGUCCAAGAAGCAGCGGAGACUUUGCAGCACUAAGUCCUGUUGCAGGCGGUUUUGUCAUGAGCUGUCGAGUGCAAGGGGAAGGGAAAUGCAGCAAACCCCUAGUGCAACUUGCCAUGCGACACAUCACCUGUGUGGAAGAUGCAGCCAUUUUCAUGGCGCUUGCUGCUGCAGUUGAUCUAAGCAUCGAGGCAUGCAGGCCUUUUCGCAGAAAGCUACGGAGAAGUACUCGCCAUUCCUGGUGAUGUAUGUAUACACAUAAUGGGAGAUAUACUGAUAUCCAAGCCCAUUCCUGUAUUUCUCCUGAUUGUUGUAACAACUUGAUUUUUGCUGUGUAGUAACCAACUUAAUCUAUAUUUACACUGGUUCAAGUGA